AUGUUGGGUACUUUUGAUGUCUUACCAAUGAUGAUUCAUGAUUAGUUAUGUGGUGAUUCAUUAGGCUAACGUGUACGGUGACUUCUUAUGAUGAUUCAUUAUACUACUGUCUUCAACUGUGGCACCUUGUGAUGAAUUAGGAUUGUCAUGCACUAGCCUUGGCAAUUCUUGAGAGAUCAACCCGGAAAGGGAUAUGAAAAAAUUUCAUCAUGCCAAUUAAUACAGCAGAAGUACUGUCUUUGGUGACCCAGAUUUGUGAGGAGGAAAAACUGAGAGUUUCUAUCAAGGAAAGUGUCAAAGGUGGAUUUAUUGCUGGAGGAGCUACAAUACUAGGAGGAUUACUUGGAGGUCCAAUAGGCCUUGCAGUGGGUGGAACUGUGGGAGGUUGUACUGCUGCAUACAUGUCUCAGGGGAAGUUUAAGAGUGUUGUUAGUAUUAUCAACAAUGAUUUAACAUUUGCACAGAGGGAAAGGCUAGCUAACUCUGUAAGGAUGUUCCUGCAAAAUAGAUCUGUGGAUGAUCUAGCUGCAGCCUCAAAUCUUCUUCUUAGCCCUUCUGCUAAAAUGGUGUUUCUUCAGAUUGUUAUACAAUUUGUUAUUAGUGCCAUAGGAAUAGUAUUUCAGUGGCAGAGAAGUAGAAGAACCAGGGAACAAGAGCAAGGUGAAGUACCACUUUCUCCAAGCUCUUCUAGAAUAUAAGCCUUCAAAUAGUUAUCGCUAAUGUUUACAAGAAGCUACUGGCAUUACAAACUGAAAUUUUUGUGUUGUGAUUAUAAAUAUAAUCGGUUUUCAUAAUUCAACAUAGAAAAGUAGAUGGUGUUUAGAAGGUAAAAUCCCAAGGGUUUCUUUGAAAGAGGAUAUGUCAGUUCUCCAUAAAUUAAGCAAAAUUGUCAAGGCACUACAAUUUUUUAAUUAAGGGCUGACAUAACAAGAAUUCCGCUAAUUUUUUUUAUUUUGAUGUGCAGCACAAUUAUGGCCUAUAAUGAUGGACUGUUUUUUUGCAAUUAUAAGUGUCUGCAUAAUGUAUUUAUUUUAUCAGAUGGAUAAUUUGGGCAUAAGCUGAAGUAGGUCUCUGCUUGCACUAGUCUUAUAAUAAGUUCUCUGUAGUCUCUGCUUGUACUUGUCUUCUUAUAAGCUGUCUCCAAGCAUUGGAUUUCAUAAGCCAUCCAUUCAUCCAACAUGGUGAAUAAAAUUAAGAUACUAACCUGCAUGUGGAUAAAAACAGUUGAGUGUCUUGUUUAGAUACAAAUUGCACUUCAUAUACAAGAUAAACCAGUUCUUUGCCACACAGAUUUCCACAGGAAGCACAAUUAGUUUAUUAUUGUAGCACAAAAGAUACACAAGAUUAAAUAGUUCUGUACUACAGAGUUUUGCACAGGUUGCACAACUAGUUUAUUGUUGUAGCACAAUAAAGAAGGUUGCACUGAUAAUUAGCCUUCCCAAAAGAUAUUUAUGGUACAUAAAGGACAUAGUAGUACUAAGUUCAUAUGUAGUUCUAAUCUCCCUACUAGCUUGUUACAUUCAAGCACUGGUUAACAACAUUCGGAUUAAUUUGGACCAGUACUUGUGUAACUUACUUUGCUAAAGCCAACACAAAAUUAGACAAAUCAUCUGUUUUCAUGAUUUAACACGGAAAGUAGGUGGUGGUUACUAGGUGAAAUCCUAAAGGUUUCUUCAAAAGAGCCAUAGGAAGAAUAGCAUUAUCAGUGUAAUUUAUCUUUGCAAUUUUUAGUCUUGUCACUAGUAUUAACAACAUUUUAAAAUCAGGUAGAAUAAGUUGGGUAUAGGUGUUCAUGUUCAUCGUUGACUUUUUUAUGAAGCUUAAUGAGGCAAAUUAUAUCAAAAGUUGCACCCAAAUUGUUUUGAACUAGUCUACUUCUGUUCAUCAGCUUGUAUGAUGCACUAUGGCUGUUAGGUAGCUGGCGGCAGUUAGCAUCCUUUUCUUUCAGUUAAGACUUGUGCAGUAAUUGAAUACCUACGCCCUUAUUUAUGGUAGUGAGCUAUCAGAAGUUCUGUGCUUAGUAGCCUUAUAGGUGUACUGGGUGGUGACCAUGUACUACAGCUUUUACAGUUAUGGGUCUGAGUUCUAUCGACUCAUUUCUGUCUUUCCAUUUAUAUCUGUAUGUUGAUCUCUUAUCUACCUAGAUGUUUGCCUUUAGUUUUACCUGGCAGCAGAGUUUACGCCAUUUAAGGACAAAUCCCUUGUGUAAACUGUGAGUGUAAUGAUUUGACUUUGGAAUUUCAUUAAAUCAACCUCUAGUAAUAAUAUAUCUGUUUAGGUUCAGCCAGCCUUGUUCUGGCACAGGUUCUAGCUCUUCAGCAGCCUGAAAGAUAGUAAUAAUAGCCUGCAUAUGUUUGUAAAUUAUUGUUUUCAUUUGCUAUUAGUUAUUCAGUGUUGUAUUCCUCCUAACACCAAAAUUUUUGCUUUUUUUUUUAUUCUGUUGAAGGGUGCUGGGCAAAUAAAAUAGCAUAAUUGAGCUUUUUAUUUAUCAACAUUUUGGAUCAUUAUGUCACUUUAAACUUGUCUUUGAGAGAACAGUUUCAUGCCUUAAAAAAGUAGGUGUUUUAUUGAGAAGAUUUGAGUACUUUUUAGUCUGCUUAUGAAAACUAUAUUUGGUCAUCUCUUGAUUAUGAGGUGUGCUAUAUCUUUUGUCUCCCAUCUUGAUAUCAGGGAAUUUGGCAUUUUGCUUGAUCAGUCACCCCUCUUUUUCUUCUCCUGGUUCUCUGCUGUGAUGCCAUGUAGCUUUUGUGUUACUCAUUUGUAGGCACUAUUUUGGCCACUUUUAUUGAGGUCACAGAUUGAGACUCCUCUCAGCCCUUAAACGCCGAAGCGGUUAAAAAAAAAAAAUGUCUCCCGUGUGCCGGAGGUGUUUCAGAAUGAGCGAGGAAGCGGAAAAAAUAUUUUUUUCAAAAAAUCACAGCGCGCUUAGUUUUCAAGAUUAAGAGUUCAUUUUUAGCUCUUUUUUUUUGUCAUUGG